UUUUUUUCGUGUGUACUCUAACAAAAUGUUUAAAAUAUAGUAAAUUAGCUAAAAUAACUACAUUUUCUAAUGUGCCCUAUAAACACAAGCAAAGAAAAGAGAGCAGCAGCAAUCACAGCCAUUAGCUUGAACAGUACUCGGCGUUCACAUCCGAAACUCUAAAGCAGUUGCCGCUUGGCUAUGAACAAGGCGAGCAAACAUAUUCAAAGCGGCGCAGCUCUGGGCGCUGCCGAUUUGCUCAGCUCACCACCAGCCAGCGCCGCUGUUGCCAGCGGAGCAGCCAUUAAUGGCACCAGUGCCAUCAGUUCCAUGAAUGUCUUCAAUUCCAUUAUGAGCUUCUUGCCCGAUAAUCGUCCUAUUACCUCGCUGCACAUUGUGGAGGACUUUGAGCGCUGCCCCAAGAACUUUAGUGCCAUACAUCGCACCUAUGAUCAGGAUGCAGAUGCGGACUUGUGGCGUGAUCAUAACAUACUCUUUGGCCGACAGACCACACGCUAUCUGUGCCUCUCCAAGUCCGAGGGUCUGCCGGAAUAUGUUGUCGAAACGCUGAAAGUCAUUGCUGAGAAAGUGCAGCCGCCCAAGGAAUUCUCGUUGCUCUCACGCACUGCCGACAGUGAUCAGAAGGCGUGGCGCAAGCGUCAGAUUUCAUACAAACUAUCGAAACGCGGCACUGUCACCCAUGCUGUCACCGAUAUUAUACUCUGCUCCAAACUAAAGAUAGCUCCCGAUGGCUUCAAGCUAGCCGGUGAUAUAAAUGGUGUGCUCAUCUGCUAUAAAACGGGUGCCAUACCGGUGCGCUUGCCCCCACCAGUGCCAGGAUUAGUGCCAGCCCCAGCUCCAGGCAAUGCCAGCAAUAGCUGUGAAGUCGAACAAGCUCUCAAUCGUCUCAAUUUGCACGGCCAACGUAACUCACGUGGACCGCUACCACAACUGCCAGCUAAGGCUGAUCAUGACUAUGAGGAGAUACAAGCCAACUAUCAAAUCAAUUCGCCACAACGACCGGCACCACCGCGGCCAGCUGGCGGCAAUAAUGGGCGCAAUGGCUACGGCGGCACUGGCACAUUGGGCACUUACACUGAGCUCGAGGGCGUGCCAUUUGCCAUGCACGCCAAGCUGCAGCGCAGCCAGCCCACGACUGAUUUGCCGACGCUGCCAGAAAUAUCAACAUUGCUAAAGACACUCGACUACGAUUUUCAACUGGAGCGUCAGAUAUUGUGCACCAUGAAAUCUUCAGCUUCAAAGAAUCCAUUCUUCAAGUGAGCGACGUGUGGAGCACAGACUUAACAAUUUGGCAUGCAUACAGAUGUUAUGUUAGUUAUGCGUAUGUGCAUAAAUUAUAAUUAUUUCACUAUAUAUAUUGUACAUAAGUAUAUAAAGUGCUCAAGCACUUUUGUAUGCAACUUGAAUGCGUGAGCUUGUAUGCAAUGAGUUUUAAGCUUAAGUUCAUUUUAGUAUUAUUAUAUAUUCUUUUUAAACGACCUCAGCCCACAGUCCCAUGUAUGUGUGUAUAUAUUUAAUUACUGUGCCUUUUAAAAUGUAUCUCAUUUUCAAGUACGUGUAUCAGUUGUGCAUAUACGCAUACAUACAAGCAAACAUAAAACAUAUGCAUUGCAAGCAUACAAAAAAUAUACAUAAAU